AUGGUUGCUGGCGCAACCACUUUCACCGCACUCACUACUGAAGGCAAAGUUUACACUUGGACUCCUGAUCUUCGAUUCCCCAAUUGUCUAGGUCGCCGGAGCCACGCCGGACAGCCUGCUAAAUACCCCUGCCCAGUACCUUACCUCUCCCACAUCAAGAUCACUCAUGUCAGGUCUGGAGGCUACCUAACAGCUGCUGUCAGUGAGGAUGGAGAGCUCUUCCUGUGGGGCUAUGCCAACCCGACUGGCAACAACAACUUCGCCAUUUUUGAAGAGAGAAUACAUGUCCGGAACCUAUCCCUGCCUUCAAACCCACAAGACUACGAAGACGAUUACGUCAAAGAAGUCCCCGUCACAAUCAACGGCCGCAAAGCAAUAGUCACGCACGUCGCAGUCGGGGACGGACACAUCCUCAUCGCAGCCGAAGCAAACCGCGGGCGAGAGAGAGCUGUAUUCGCUAUGGGCGAAGGCGGGUGGGGACAAUUGGGAAUUGGAGGACGACCAACCUUUGUAGGCAGUCUACAAGAGGUGGUCGCGCUCAGGGGAAAGAAGGUUAAAGGUUUGACCUGCGCGGGUUGGUCGAGCUGGGUUGUUGUUGAUGAAGAGGAUGAGGAUUAGAAGUAGAUAGGAGGAACAACAUGACUAGGAAGGAAGUGUUGCGAAAGCCGGGAUCAUCGGGGUUCCUUGCGGUGGUGGAAUGUAGAAUACCAGGGUUUUAGUGAUACCAGGGCGGCUUUAU